AUGGUGGUGCGGGCCGGCGGGCCGCCAAGCACGAACCAGCUCAUCCUCGCCUUCGUGCUCCCGCUCUCCCUCUUCGUCGGCACGCUCGUCACCGCCGCCCGCGUCGCCGACGACCUCGACGACCGAUUCCUAAGGGAGAUGGAAAUAAACCGAGCGAUACUGGAAGAGAACGAGGCGUCCGACGAGGACGGCGCCGGCGAGGAAGACGACGACGGCAACAUUAUUGUGUACGAUGAAGGGGAGGAGGAGGAGCUGCCGCCUGUACCGGUGGAGGAGAAGGAGCCCGCUGUUGUUGGUCCACGCACCAGGAACAGGCCGAGAAGACGAGUGUAA